GUUUCCGUUCGCUCGGGACGGCUGCAGACGUGGUCGGGAUGGGGGCGAGGUGACGGCGCGGUUCCGGAGAAGCGAUGGAGCGGCUCCUGUGCUUCGCCUGGGUCGCGCUCUGGAGCGGGAGCUGCGCGUGGAUGCGCGGGGCCCAAGCCAAGACUGUCCAGGGCGGCUUCUCCAGCGCCGCGGCCCGCGCCGGCCAGGCGGUGGCCCAGUUCCAGUUCCGCGGUGAUUGUGCUCUUCUGUAUGUCAGAAUCAACAACGUAGCAAUUGCUGUUGGAAAAGAAGCAAAGCUUCAUCUCUUUCAAGCUCAGGAAUGGCUAAAGCUUCAAGAAAGCCAGCAGGAUUACAGCUGUAAAGAGAAACUGGCUAAAGCUCAACUGAUAAUGAACAUGAACUGCACGGAACAAAAUAUGACGGUAUCCCAGGUUCCUUAUCCAGACACAUGGUAUGUGUUUUAUGUUGACAAGUUUACCUGUGCGGAGACAUAUGAAGACUCUGAACCUGAGGAUGUUCAAUUUGAAAUGGUGCUACUAAAUCCAGAUGCAGAAAGGAAUCCGUUAGAUCACUUUAGUGCAGGGGAAUCAGGCUUACACGAGUUCUUCUUCCUGCUUGUCCUGGGCUAUUUUGUUUCUGCCUGCAUUUACGCUCAGUCCUUGUGGCAAACAAUUCAGAAAGGGGGACCUAUGCACACAGUGCUGAAAGUGCUCACUGUGGUUUUGCUCCUGCAAGCAGCUUCAGCUCUUGCAAACUAUCUACAUUUUUCAAGUUAUUCAAAAAAUGGAGUAGGAUUGCCUUUUAUGGGAAGCCUUGCAGAAUUGUGUGACAUAAUCUCUCAGAUGCAGAUGUUGUACCUGCUACUGAGUCUCUGCAUGGGAUGGACAAUUGGCAGAAUGAAGAAAUCACAGAGCAAACCCCUCCAGUGGGAUUCCACCCCAGCAUCCACAGCCAUUGCUAUAACCGCUGUUGUCACACAGAGUGUUCUGCUUAUUUGGGAGCAGCUUGAGGAUACCAAUCACCAUAGUUACCAUUCACACCAAAGUUUAGCUGGUGGACUUCUCCUUGGAUUAAGAAUUUGUCUAGCUGUGUUGUUAGGUUGUGGACUUUACCAGAUUAUCCGAAUUGAGAGAAGUACUCUAAAAAGAGAAUUCUAUAUUACUUUCACAAAGGGAUGUAUUCUGUGGUUUUUAUGUCAUCCAAGUCUUGUAACUGUAUCUCUAAUGUUUAGAGAUUAUCAGCGAGAGAAGAUUAUUACCAUGGGUGUCAUCCUCUGCCAGUUGUUUUCCAUGGUCCUUCUGUACCGACUCUUUGUUUCCCAUAGUCUUUACUGGGAAGUCUCCUCCCUCUCUUCAGUGACGUUGCCACUAACGGUAGCAUCUGGACAUAAAAGUCGGCAUCACUUCUGAGAUCCCUUUGGAGAUUGGUUGGCAAAGGUGCAAUAAAGAUUGGAAACAGUGCAGCUAUUUUCAGCAGUAAACCCAGCUCAAGAAGAGCUAAAUAAUUAAAAGCAGCAUUUUGCUCUCACUACAUCACAGCAAAUGCAGAAGUGAUUGGAUUUUAUCAAAAAUAGUGAUGAGGAGAUGUCUUGUUUUUCUUGCUGUUUGGAUACAGACCAUGUGAUUUUAGCCACAUUUUCACUCCUAAGCUGCCUCAUCUACAUUAAAGUUCAAAUUUCAAUAAUGAUAAAUUUAAACUAAUUGGAUGGGACAGUUCUGCAAUUCAAAUAAUACAUAUCUUGUUUAAGGUGGCUUUGAAACAAAAUAUUUGUGCAGAAGUUUAAUAGGACUUAAACUGUAAUAGGUCCAUAAAACCAGUGUAUAAUGUUUACAGUGAACAAUAGUUCUCAUUAUCACUUUCUUGCCUUGAGGCUCGGAUGUAGUUCAGUUUUUAGCUUGAUUGCCAGUUGUGUUUUAAUUCUGUGUUUGACAUUUUACAAGAGCAGAAGGGUGAUUAACUCUAAGUUAAAAAAAAUAAAAAACCACAGCAGCAUGGUUGUAAAAGUAGCAGGCUUGUGCCUCCUAAACUGAGGAGAGAAAAAUGAAAUGUGUGAUACAGUAUGAGAAUUUUAAUCCUGAUGGAAUUCAGCGAGGAUUCAGUCAUAAUUAAGCCAUAGCCGCAGAUUAAAUUAAUAGAAGCAUUUCAAAUGUUAGUUUCAGUCUUCAACUACCCAUGAAUUCCUGCCCAAGGAUACUUAACCAGGAUUAAAUUUUCUCUGAAUAAUUGAAAAAACAAAAUACUCAUUGGAUUUGCUAUAAUCCAUGUUGGCAUAUGGGUCCUAAGUGGUUGCCAUCCUCCAGCCAUUGUAAUAGAGCAACACUUGUCAGUGAUGCAUUUAGGCUGUUGCAGUAAAUGCAAACUUUAAUUGAUGUGUCUAUUUAUUGCUCCAGAUUAAAAUAAUAUGAACAGCAUC